AUGCAAAAUACCCUUCCCCAUGGGGACUUUGACAUCUCCGACUUGGACGGUCUACAUCUCAAUAUCACUGUCCCGAGCGGUGCUAAGGGACUCCCAGUCCUAGUCUUCAUUCACGGAGGAGGUUUUACAGUAGGAUCUAACGCGUGGCCGCAGUAUGACCAAUCGAGACUUGUAAAGUUGUCUAUCGACUUGGGAAUGCCCUUCAUUGGUGUCUCUGUGAACUAUCGUAUUGGAGCUCCGGGCUUUCUUACGUCGAAAGAGCUGCAAGCAGCUGGAUGCAAAUGCAAUAACGGCAUUCGUGACCAGCGAACUGCGCUUUUGUGGAUAAAACAACAAAUUGGUGGUUUCGGUGGGGAUCCGGGUAAGGUGACGCUCAUGGGACAAAGUGCUGGAUCUGUGGCUUGUAUGAUCCAUCUUCAGUCCAAGGAGGCGCUGUUUCAACAGCUCAUCUUGAUGUCUGGGUCUACAUUGCUGCUUCCACCGCUGCCACCGCCAGUUAGUGAGAUUGCAUAUUCUUUGUCUAUGAAAGCACUGGACCUUGAAGGGCUGACAGUAGAUGAACGGGUUGCAAAACUCAUCCACGGCCCCAAGUCAGACCUUUACGAAAAAAUCACGCCCGCAAUUCCGCUUCUGCCAGUGAUUGACAACGAGGUAGUCCAUCCAGGCCCGAGCUACGAAGAACUUUUCGGCGGCGCGACCAGGGUCGAAAAUGUACUUCCAGGUACCAAAUGGUGUCAGCGGAUUCUGGUUGGGGAUUGUGAAUUUGACGCCUCAAUCUACAGAGGCAUGCUUGAGCCUCACAAGAAUGAAAUUGCCAAACGUUUCCACAAUUUUGCUAGCCGCACUUUGUGUGGCUUCCCGUCCGUAGUCGAAGAGUUGGAGCGGGUCUACAAUAUCACGACGGAGACAGCCGAUGAUGCAGCCCUGGACAAUAUCCUGGAAUGGACAACGGAUAUUGGUUUCUACUUACCAGCCAUAACCAUUGCACACACAUGGCCCGGAAAGAGCUACCUCUACCAUCUCAAUGAGGUAAAUCCGUGGGAAGGCCCCAAAAGGGGAAAAGCAGCUCACAUUAUGGACGUGAUUCUCCUAUUCCAGAACUUCCAGGAGAGCCUUUCCCAAGAUCAGCAGGCACAGGGAAAGAGGUUCGCGGAGAACACCAUUUGUUUCAUUGCCGGAUCAGACCCAUUUCCAUCCUGCCAAGCGGAAUCCAACGGUGCGAUGGUAUACGGACCACCAGCUAGUCCAGCGGGAUUUAUCAAAAGCAGUGAACCUAGUGAUUUUGGAAGAAGAGCGGUGAUCCAUAAGCUUUCCGGAGAAGUGGGAUACGACACGCUCCAACGCAUGCUGGGCAAUAUCCUUGCCGGUCAGUGGUGA